GAAAACGAUCGUCAGUAUAACUGUUGCGGAUCUAACUAUAAAAAAUAAUAACAAACGAAUCGAAGUAAAGUGGCAAAGAAAAUAGAAAAAAUUGAAUAAAGACAACAAGCAACACAAACGUUGAUUGGCGCAAAUGGAUUUUUAAUGGCUACGGACAGCGACAGGAGUGGCAGUCAAUAGCCGAGAGGCGCCAGUUCGACAAGUGCACCAGUGAUGAAGUGAAAGAGAGAAAUAAAAGUAAAAGUGUCACAAAGGAACUGCAAAUAAAAAUAAUGUACUAAUAAUUGCAUUUUAGACUUGAGUUUUUUUCGCGUGAUUUUGUGUAACUUAACGUGUAACUCGCUUACCCGUCCGCCUCAAAAAUGGAUAAAAUAGCCCUCGAAAGGGCAGCGGCUAGUCCCGUUUCUCCCGGUUCCCCCACCGCUUCCCAUGCAUCCUCCAGCGCCUCUCUGGGCAACGGUCACAAAACUCAUGGUGUGCAAAAAUUCUGCUCGAAAAUUCGACACAAAAUCGAAGACAAUAUCGCUCCUCGUCUAACCGGUAAACUCUACAAGUCCCACAAGCAUUCGAUAUCGAUGAGCUCACUUAACAAUGUCGACUCGACCAGCGGCAAGUACACCGCCAUCAGUAAACAGUCUACGCUACCCCCAUUGCCCGCUAAGGUAGAUCAACAAACGGGCACAUCUUUCUCAAGCUCGUCUGCACAUCGGCGUCUUACUGGGAUGUUAAAGCAUCAGCGUCAGCGUAUCGCCAAAUCUACCAAGGUGCUCAACAAACGUGAAAUCUCUGCGCCGAUUGGCAAAGUUGCUACUAAUUCUGGCAUAAUUUGUCCGGCUUUAAACGGUAAAGGGAACGUAGUGGAUACUGUUGUUGCGCAGGAGCCGGCACCGAACUCGUCAUCAUCUUUUGAAAGUGGCACAUAUGUGGAUAGCGAUGAGGAAUAUCAGCUGAGCUUGAAUUUGACUAAACAGUCGUUGGAAGAUGAAAUCUUCGAAGAACUCGAGAAGGCCGCACACGAUGAGUCGAAAUUGAACGCAGUGCUGAAGAACUUUGAUCGUCUGCUGACCGAUUACAAUGGGCAGCCAGUUAUAGUAAGUGAAGAAGUAGAGAAGACGAUGCAACGGGUGGAAUGCGAUGUGGCAGUUGUGGAGGCAGCAGCAGCAGCACAAUUGGAACUAUUGGCCUUAGAACCACCGGUCGCAUUCGCCGAUAAUGAGAUUGAAAGCAAGAAGGGUGUUGACGAAGUAGACAAGGCUGGUACUACAGCGGAAGCAGCCACUAAUGUGGCUGAAAAGCCUACUGAUCCAACGUUGGACAUCUUAGAGGCAAAAACAGCACCGAUUGCUUCACAGAUUCCUCAAGUAGUUGAAUUAGAGAUCGAAACGCUGACGCAUAAGCAGACAAUGUCGCAACUUCUGCCGGCCGCGUCACCAGGCAAGUCUGUGGAUAUAGUAGUUUUCGAUUGUCCCGUUAAUAGUAGCCAAAUUUCCUCAAACAUCGAUGACAACUCAAUGACUACAGCAUCCGCUGGCGUUAGCGACUCAACUAGUCCAUGCAGUGCUCCAACAGCCACAACAUUCACUGAAAAUUCAUUUACACCUCCACAACCACCUGUGCGUCCCAAGCGCUUGGAGAAAUCCAAGUCUUCACUGGCCAUACCCAGACGCAAUGCCUACCAAUCAUCAGACACGCCUACGCUACGCAACAUACGCUAUGCGCUAGCCGCCAGGUCACGUUCUAAAUCCGUUUGGGAAUUGACACCCAACUCGGCAGCGGCUGCAGCGCAUAGUAAGAUACCAAUUUUCAAAGCUUUACCCUUACAAAAGCGUAGCAAUAGCUUCUGCAGCACUUCUUUGACGGAAGUGAUUGACAAGGAGAAGCUGAUCGGCACAAAGAAGUUGGCAGUUGAAAAACAUGGUGGGGUAAACGAAAGUGCUACUGCAAGCAAGGACUUAACUGUUGCGAAACUCAACCAACGGCGUCAAUUAACAAAGGAUGCGCGUUCUGUUUCAGCGCUAUCAUUAGGUGGCAAGGAACGUUCCCGAUCACUUUCCACAACGCGCACUCAACAGCCACCAUCAUCCACUUCAAUUCAACAACAGCAAACCCAAUCUACAGCUGCUCAGCGUGCCAAACGUAAGUCUGUGCCCGUCGAGAAGUUAACACGCAGCAAUUCUCGCCUCCAAAUGGAACGAACAAAAUCUUCGAUCGGCUUCAAUUCAACCACACUCAGCACAAUGGGUACACGUCGUACACCCUCUAGUACCAGCUUAAGCAAUAGUCAGCACACCAGUCCAAGUGUAUCGCGUACCAUAGCAUUGAACUCGACAGGUGCACGUAAACUACACCGUAGUCGCGAUGAACUAUUGGACAAGUGUCUAGAGAAGGGUCAGGAGAUUUUACGUAAGGUGGAAUCGAUUAACACGGAAGGUGGCAUGCGUAAGACAACAAUUGCGUCCACACUAAAGACGAGUGGCAAGGCAGCAACGCUGAAAACGACGACUACUUCAACGCAACCAAAACGGGGUACAACAGCGGCAGCGACGAGUUCACGUACGAAAGUGAAAACUGCAUGCAGCGGCAGUGUAGCGCUGACAGGUAAAAUUACGAAAGAUGCGUGUAAUGGCACAUUGCGCCGUACGCGCGUUCCCUCCACCAACGUAUCCCCAGCCACGGCCACGGCCACAAAACAGUUGAAAUAUGCGAAUGAGGAGAAAGUGCCACAACCGCAGCUGGAGUUCUGCAAAAUAAUACCACCCGUAUUGGGUGAGACAUCCGAUAAGCACACCGAAUUGUUGGUUAAUGUGGUGCAGGCUAAGUUGAGUAAUGCGCCGCCCAGUGGGUGCAAACCAACUGUCACACAACAGCUGUCGCAACAUCAAGAAGCGAAUAAUUUAAAAGAACAGCUUGCUGUUGCGACCAAAGUUGCUAACUCAUAUCAAACGUUGCAUUCAGCAGCACCAAUUGAAAAGCUAAUCAAAGUUGACGAGAUUAAUCACAUCAACGAAUCUGACUCAGACGACUCAGGACACAUUUCGAAUGAGAAUGACACAACCAUCCACACCUUAUCCACAUCCACCACCUCCAGUGUAAGUCUAUGCGAAUCCGAUAUCAUCGAGGAGGAGAAGUCACAACAACAACCAACCGCCUACAAAGCGAGCAAUCAAAAUCCAAUCUCAAUGCAUUGUAAAUCAAAUAAAAUUUCGGAACUUUUGGAGAAAUUCGAAAAGCAGUCACAUACGUCAGUGCAAAGCAGUGUUGGUGAGCAAAGUAUUCGUGCUACGCCGACUAAAGUAUGCACCGCGACGCGCGUUGCUCAACUCGAGGCCGUACAAUGUAUUCAAACACAAGUCGAGUUCUAUCCGACCUACAGCAAAGAGGUAACUAUCAGAUUGCUUUAGAACAGCAAUAUUUCUGAAGUAAAUAGUUGAAGUACAGUCAAUGCAAAAAGUAAACGAACAAAGUGCUAAAAUAUGCGAGUAAUCAAAUAGACAUUCAAACAACCGAAACACCGAACCAUCCUUUAAUCAGUAGUCAACUCCUAAAUUUCUGGUGAUGUUGGUGCAUUUAAUUAAGUACUGGCUUAUAUAAAAUUACUCUUUAUUACUUUGUUACUAUCCUAAUUGGUUUUGGUCAUGUAAAAGUCCAAUUCCUGUAGUUUGUGCAUUUAUUUUUAAAAUUUUAUUUUU